AUGCCUAACCUUCAAAAUCCUCAAUUACCUGACUUUUUAGAACCAUUGUGGGUUCCUGCUCUCUUCAAAAUUGAAGCAAAGGAUGAUUUGUGGGGAAUCUUAAAGACUGAAGACGAAUCGAUUGAUGAAUCAUCUCGUGCCCUUGAUUCGACCACACCUCACAGUGAUGAUUCGCUGUUCAAUGUAAAGAGAGGAAAGAAGAAGCAAUACACUCUUAAUGAGCUGAGAGAUAGAUCUCAUCAGAGUAUGAUAUUGAAUAAUUUUGGUGAUGCUCUCUCGUUCUUUGAAAAGUAUCUCAUCAAGAAGGCCUCGUUGAAACAAACAUCUCAAGAAGAAUCUACUCGAGACCAAACAUCAUCAAGCUCGGAGGCAAUCAAUGGCCUCACAUUCAAUGGUCUUACUCUCAAAAUUUAUGUAAUUAUUGGUUGCAACCUUGCCUUUGAAUAUACAAAUAAGGGAAAUAUUUCAACAGCUGUGGAUGUUCUCCUGAACACAUUCGAUAUUGUAAAUGAAAACUUGAAGAAAAUUGUAAAGAGAUCAAAAAUACAGAGCGCCUCUAGAGCCUCCUCCUCUAAUAGUACUUCCAGAGCAACAUCUGCAACUGGAUCUAGGUCUAAAAAGCUAAAAGAAGAAAAGGAACAGCUAAAUUUUAUGAAGGCAGUUUUGGCUUUCAACAUUUCGAGUCUCAUGAUGAGGAGAAAAAAGUAUAAUUCAUCUCUUAAUUUUGCAAAAAUUGCAUUGAAGAAGUUUUCACAUUAUGGAAAUUCCGAAUAUUCCUCCUUCUUCUACUUGAAUGUAGCUACUGUAUUGUGUCUGAUGAAGAAUUAUGCAGAUGCUCAAGUAGUCCUUGUUGAUUGCCUCAUCAUCAUUCGGUAUCUCAAAUAUCACAAAGGCAAGGAAUUCAUGACUGGUUCGGGACACUUUAAGCUGUCUCUUAUUUGGACAGGUUCUCAAACACCUCAAGAUUUAUCAAAGAGUGUCGAGGAAGAAUUGGUUCAACCAAAAGUGCAAGACGUCUACAUUGAUAAUUGGACAUUUAUCAUGAAAAUAGUAGCCUAUCACAACUUUUCUCUCUGUAAAGCACAUUUCCAAUCCUAUACAAAGGCAGUGAAACUUUGUACCAAGGCCCUUGAUAUUGCAAAACCAAUAUUCAGUGUUUUGGAAAAUAAUGUAAUUCCAUCUCUGGCAAAAACCCUUAAAUACGCAAAGAGAAUGGGAGAGACAGCAUCUGCAUAUGCAGGUAAUAUUCUCCUGAGGCCUUCUUUGGAACCAGAACAAAUUUUGCAACAGCUCACAACAGUUGUGGAGGUGAAGAAAAAGCUAGUGGAACUUUUACCAUUCCUUAGUAAAAUGGAAGGAUUUAAAGAUCUCAAUAUUCUAACUGAAGAAGAUGAAGAUGAGUUCUUGAGAAAGACCACUCAAAGCAGUCAAUCAACCAGAUCAGCUGCUGAGAGCACAGUUUCAGACACUGACAAGUUUUUACUCAAAUCUUCACUGAAAAACACAAUUAUUGCUGCAAGAAAUGAAACAGGAAUAUCAUCUUCAGUUAAGAAGAAGACUCCCACAAAGAGUGGUACUGCCUCCAGAGUUGUUUUGCCACCAGUAAAGAAGAGACAAAUUCAAACAUCAAAUACAGUGGGAAAUAUGUCACUCAACAAUACUAGUAAUAAUGUAAAUACAGAUACACCUCCUCAACAGAAGGUUAAACCAAAAUCUGCUCCAAAACCAAAGAAGGUACCUUCAGCAAAGAAAACCAAAAAGGCAGAGGAAAUUGUUGCGGAGGUUGUCACCACAUUGACAGAAAAAAAGGACGAGGAAAAGAAACUCAUGGAAGAGAAACUUGAAAUUGAUCCACAUGUUGUCCAAGCUGUUAUUAAGGUUCAACAAUUUUUCAGAAAGGUACUCGCCAGAAAGAGAGCAGCAUCUGUUAAAUCACAAAAGGAACAACAGUUACGGGACUUCCUUGCUGAGGAGAGAAAAUGGUUCGAGCAAAAUAUGGAUCAAUUUGAUACUCUUCUGAAAGAGGAAGAAUAAACCAAUAAUUUCAACACUCA